CCGUCAUGUGACGCGACCCUCGCUCCACCCGUCUGCAGCCACUCCCCGUCUUCGUCCCCAAGCUCGAGAGCGACACGUGACCCUCCCGGGGCCAGUCACGGGGUCUCUGUGCUGCUGCUGCCGGUGGUGUUGCUGCUGCGGUGAGCGUGAGACUCGCACCCCCGAAGAGCUGACUAUUCUUGGGGAAACACAGGAAGAGGAGGAUGAGAUCCUUCCAAGGAAAGACUAUGAGAGCCUGGAUUAUGAUCGCUGCAUCAAUGACCCUUACCUGGAGGUGUUGGAGACCAUGGAUAACAAGAAAGGGCGAAGGUACGAGGCGGUGAAGUGGAUGGUGGUAUUUGCCAUUGGAGUCUGCACCGGACUGGUGAGCAGUGGGAUGUGUGUGGGGGGUGCCACAAGGGAAAGCCCUGUCCUGGCGAAUGAAUGACCUUUGUCCUUUGUCACCGCAGCAUUUAUAACACUGUAACAAUUGUCAUUAUAAUCAAGAUUGCCUGUUUUCUGUUUUUUUCCUUUCCUUUUUGGUUUUUGCGGUACUGGGAAUUGAACCCAGGGUCUUCACACUAAGCUACAUCCCCAUCCCUUUUAAGAUUUAUUUUGAGACAGUGUCUCACUAAGUUGGUAAGUUGCCCAGGCUAGGCUUGAACUUGUGUUUCUCCUGCCUCAGCCUCCCAGAAUCCUGGCAUUAUAGGUGUGCACUACCAUGCCCAGCUUUCUUUUUCGUUUUCUGAUUAAUAAUUGUAGCCCAGUUUUUUAUACUUUCCUUGCUUUUGCAUUAUGAAAUGAAACUGAAACCAUAAAACUCUGGGUUCUUUAAGCACUCAGAAGUUUGGCCAAAUACCUGUCUUACAAUAGGAUUAUGAGUCAGCCCGUAAUCUCCUCAGCCAUCUAGACAACAUAGCCAUGGGAGAUGACACAGUGGGCACUGUGGACGUUGAGGUCUCGCUGUCCUGGGCUGCUGCCUGCUCUAUGCUGACCGAGUCUACACAAUAGAGCUGGUGGUCGUGGGUGGAGGUUGUCCCUGAAUGAGCAGGGUGCCGGGGCUCUGUGGGUUCACAGUGGCUCCCAGACAGGGAAAGAUUACAAACAUUGUCCAAGAUUAUAGUAGCAGAAGCUCUGCAGCCACAACCGCUGGCUUAGCAUUGUUAAACCUAACAAAAGAAGCUGGAAAAGCCAGCAGCCAUCCAGGCAUGGUGGUGCACACCUGCAAUCCCAGCACUUGGAAGCCUGAAGCAGGAGGUUGGCCAUGAGUUCAGGGACAGCCUGGGCUUCAUAGUGAGUUUAAGGUCAGGUUGAACUACAUGGUGAGACUCUGUCUCAAAAAACCAAAAGAAAAAAGAAAAGCCAGCAGCCAGCCAGAAGAUAGAGCCAGAUCUGAUUUUCCAUCAGCACGGUGUUGGAAAGGGGUACACAAACAGGAGUAGCCUGUUUAUCACCUUUCUCUAGAGUCGGUCACAGGCUCCUACUUAACAUUUCAUGAUAUACCAGGGAUGUGUAAGAUGUAUUUAAAAUAAUGCCACCCACAGUUUCUAUUUUCUUGGCACUCAUCAGGUUUUUACUCUAGUAAAUUGACACGAACAUCUACUAGGGAAGAUGGAGGACCUUUAGAAGGGCCCUCUGCUGACGUCCCGAAGGAUGCCACCAUGGGGAGAGGGGCUGGGCUGCUCUAAUUGUUUUAUUGAAAGCUGAGUGUCUGUUUUAGUAGACAGGUUUCUGAUUGAAGACUUCCCUUUAUAAGCAUAUUUAUCACCUAUGUAAUUGUUAGUCUUGCUGCUACUGUUCAUCAGACUCCUUUGAACUUGCCAUCACCAUCAGUAGUGACUUCUCUGCAGAAAGGCCCCCUCCUUUAUAAGGCAGCGCUAGCCACUUACCCUUUGAUCUGUCACCACUCCUGCAGUGGCAGUGAGCUUCCAGGCAUGGGCUUGAGGGAAGGCCAGAGUUAAAGGCAGGAACCCUUUGAUUCUGACUCCAUAAAAUUGGGCUUCCUAGUUCUCCCUUAAGCAUUUAUGUGAGUGAAAUGUAAGAUGUUUCCUCUAUUCCAGUAAUCACCGGCUAUGGGAUAGUUCUGAGUCAAAAUGAUGACUUCUAUAAAACAAGCAUGCAGAAACCACAUGUGCCUAAGUAAAUGUUGGCUUUGUAAGCAGUGUUCUAAGCUAUCUGCUUAUCCAGCUGAAAGUGGCUGGAGAUGUUUUAACUGUCCUUUUGAAACCUUUUGUCUUUUCACAAGAGUGGAGUGCUUCCCCACACAGUUCAGUAUUGUUAGUUUUUUGUUUUGUUUUUUUUUUUGGUACUGGGGAUCAAACUCUGGUCCUUGCACUUUCGAGGCAGGCGAUGGAACCACUGAGCUAAAUCCCCGGCCCCAGUACUGUUAGUUUUUAAACGUGCCAAUGGUCUCUUCUUUGGUCUUCUGUCUCUUUCUGUAUCCUUUUCCCUUGUUUUACUCUGCUUCACUCCACUUCGCUGUACCCCUUCCUCUGUUGUGUGAAGGCCCAGCGAGGCAUAGAGAUCUUCUUGAAAGCCAGUGACUGGCAGGCUAAGAUGUAUUCACAAGUUGCUGGUUGGUAACUCAAGUAGCUGCCAUCAAUGCGUGGAAGAGGUGAUGCUUCGGAGAGAAGCAGUUGUGUGCUUCAGAAUGGGGCUGUGUGGCGUCUUUCUUGCUCUUCACAGGUGGGACUCUUCGUGGACUUUUUUGUACGCCUCUUCACCCAACUCAAGUUUGGAGUGGUUCAAACAUCGGUGGAGGAGUGCAGCCGAAAAGGCUGCCUCGCCCUGUCCCUCCUCGAACUCUUAGGUUUUAACCUGACCUUUGUCUUCUUGGCCAGCCUUCUUGUCCUAAUUGAGCCGGUGGCCGCAGGAUCUGGGAUCCCUGAGAUCAAAUGCUAUCUGAAUGGCGUGAAGGUGCCAGGAAUUGUCCGGCUCCGGACCCUGCUCUGCAAAGUCUUCGGAGUGCUUUUCGGUGUGGCAGGCGGCCUCUUUGUGGGGAAGGAGGGCCCCAUGAUCCACAGUGGGGCCGUGGUGGGAGCCGGCCUUCCUCAGUUUCAGAGCAUCUCCUUACGGAAGAUUCAGUUUAACUUCCCCUACUUCCGGAGUGACAGAGACAAGCGAGACUUCGUAUCAGCAGGGGCGGCUGCUGGAGUUGCUGCGGCCUUCGGGGCCCCGAUCGGGGGUACCUUGUUCAGCCUAGAGGAGGGCUCAUCCUUCUGGAACCAAGGGCUCACAUGGAAAGUGCUCUUCUGUUCCAUGUCUGCCACCUUCACCCUCAACUUCUUCCGUUCUGGAAUUCAGUUUGGAAGCUGGGGUUCCUUCCAGCUCCCUGGAUUGCUGAACUUCGGCGAGUUUAAGUGCUCUGACUCUGAUAAAAAAUGUCAUCUCUGGACUGCUAUGGAUUUGGGUUUCUUCGUCAUGAUGGGGGUCAUUGGGGGCCUCCUAGGAGCCACAUUCAACUGUCUGAACAAGAGGCUUGCAAAGUACCGUAUGCGAAAUGUGCACCCGAAACCUAAGCUUGUCAGAGUCCUGGAGAGCCUGUUGGUGUCACUGGUAACCACCGUGGUGGUAUUCGUGGCUUCGAUGGUGCUAGGAGAAUGCCGGCAGAUGUCCUCUUCGAGUCAGAUCAGUAAUGGCUCGUUCCAGCUCCAGGUUACAUCAGAAGAUGUGAAUUCCAGUAUCAAGACCUUCUUCUGUCCCAAUGACACCUACAAUGACAUGGCCACGCUCUUCUUCAAUUCCCAAGAGUCUGCCAUCCUCCAGCUCUUCCACCAGGAUGGGACAUUCAGCCCUAUCACCUUGGCCUUGUUUUUCAUCCUCUAUUUUCUGCUUGCCUGUUGGACUUACGGUGUUUCGGUUCCAAGUGGGCUUUUUGUACCUUCGCUGCUGUGUGGAGCUGCUUUUGGACGUUUAGUUGCCAAUGUCCUAAAAAGCUACAUUGGACUGGGCCACAUCUAUUCGGGGACCUUUGCGCUGAUUGGCGCUGCAGCUUUCCUGGGCGGGGUCGUACGCAUGACCAUCAGUCUCACCAUCAUCCUGAUCGAGUCCACCAACGAGAUCACCUAUGGGCUCCCUAUCAUGGUCACCCUGAUGGUGGCCAAAUGGACAGGGGACUUUUUCAAUAAGGGCAUUUAUGAUAUCCAUGUGGGCCUGCGAGGCGUGCCGCUUCUGGAAUGGGAGACGGAGGUGGAAAUGGACAAGCUGAGAGCCAGCGACAUCAUGGAGCCCAACCUGACCUACGUGUACCCGCACACGCGCAUCCAGUCUCUGGUUAGUAUCCUGCGCACCACGGUCCAUCACGCCUUCCCCGUGGUCACCGAGAACCGGGGCAACGAGAAGGAGUUCAUGAAGGGCAACCAGCUCAUCAGCAACAACAUCAAGUUCAAGAAGUCCAGCAUCCUCACUCGGGCCGGCGAGCAGCGCAAGCGGAGCCAGUCCAUGAAGUCCUACCCGUCAAGUGAGCUGCGCAACAUGUGCGACGAGCACGCGGCCCCCGAGGAGCCGGCCGAGAAGGAGGACCUCCUGCAGCAGAUGCUGGAGCGCAGAUACACCCCCUACCCCAACCUGUACCCCGACCAGUCCCCGAGCGAAGACUGGACCAUGGAGGAGCGCUUCCGCCCUCUCACCUUCCACGGCCUCGUCCUGCGCUCACAGCUUGUCACCCUGCUGGUGCGCGGUGUCUGCUACUCCGAGAGCCAGUCGAGUGCCAGCCAGCCGCGCCUGUCCUACGCCGAGAUGGCCGAGGAUUACCCCCGAUACCCCGACAUCCACGACCUGGACCUCACACUGCUCAACCCACGGAUGAUCGUGGAUGUCACCCCGUACAUGAACCCUUCGCCUUUCACUGUGUCCCCAAACACCCACGUAUCCCAAGUCUUCAACCUGUUCAGAACGAUGGGCCUGCGGCACCUGCCCGUGGUGAAUGCGGUCGGGGAGAUCGUGGGGAUCAUCACGCGGCACAGCCUGACACACGAGUUCCUGCAGGGGCGGCUACGGCAGCACUACCAGACCCUCUGACGCCCACCUGCCACCCCCGGCUCACACUGUGGCCGCCAGGGACCGUGCUGUCCCAGGGCACGAAGGUUCACAGGCACCCGCAUCCUCGGAAAGCCUGGAAUCGUCGAGCUUGCUGGUCAGAGGCGCUGGGAAUGGUGUUAGACCAUCAGAGUGGGGACUUCUCUGAACUGCUCAGCAAGUACCCACUCCCUGCUCCCAGUGUCCCCACAUCUGGUGUUGGCACAGCCCCGCCCGGGAUCCCGAGACCAGGGCAGUGGCGGCAGCCAGGCUGCGCCCCUCUUUGCUGCUUUCUUGGGGAGCCCAGCGGUUGUCUUCACCGCUCUGGGAGAGGCUCGGCUGAGACCAGUUGCAGAGUCAAGUUCGUCACUAGGUGUAGGACUCGGACACUGAGAAGCUUCCCCUCAGGGAGGCUGCCUUCCUGGACUCCCGCCUUCUCCAGGCCAUCCAGAGGGAUGUACUUGCUUCCUGGGCGCGCGCCUGUGUUUGAGUCUCCUUGGAGCCCGCCCGAAGAACAAAGCGUUAAAAUCCCAUGAAUAAUCUGUGAGUGCGAAAUCCAGUCGCAGGGUCAGACUGCGUCUUCCCAUCCACCUUGAUCCGCUCCCCUCUGAGACUGAGCCCCUUCCUCAGUUUGUGUUUCUAUCUUCCUGGGAGACAGCCACAGCUCAGUCUUGGCCUCGCCUCCAGAGUUCACCCAAAGCAGGGCAGCUUGAGGCGGAACCGCUUCCCUGAGCCCUGGGGAAUGGGAUCAUCUUACCAGCUGGCAAGAGUUCAUCCUGGGCCAGGCCACUCAAAGGCACAUGUAGGGAAAAGUGGUGGCUUCUUCAAGAAAGAAAGAGUCUCCUUUCAUAGCCAUCUCUUCCCUGUUGGCCACCACCCCAUCCCCCCAGGGCUCAGAGACAGGAGCUUCAGCUGUGUCUCCAGGGCCGCUGGUGCUGGGUCGGGCAGCUUGGAGGUCCAGCACUGAGCACGGCAGAGUCACACACACGCCAGCCCCGGCCGGCCUCAGGCGGUGCCCUUCUCGGGCUGAGGUCCCUUGUGAGCACGUGCCUGGCGGAGUCCUGGGAGCACUUUUGCGCUCAUCUUCCCCGGUCUGGGUGUCAGCAGAGCUCCCACUGGCUGUCCCCACAGCAGUUGUUCUUGGGGUCUCAGGUGGCGUCAUUUGCAUUUAGGGUUUUGAACCCAUGAAGUCUCUUCUGGCCUCGGCCUGGGCCUGGGUUCUUGCAGCCCAAGCCCGGGGUCAGACCUGGCCAGGUGAGUGGGCACCUUGUGCUCAGUGCACCCCAGGGAAUCAUCCACACCGGGGAAGGGCUGAUGCGGGGUCCCCAUGGUCCUGCCCCCCACCCCACUUAUCUUUUUGACCAAAAUGACUCAUUUAUACAUUGUGCAGCUUCUCUAGGUGCUCCUGACUUGUGAAUUGGGGUGAUGCUCCCAGUGGAUAGAUCAGGAAGUCAUAACCCUGUUCGUGGGAUUGUGUUCAGCUAGCUGCCGCUUCAUUUUAUAGCACCAUUCGGAGCUCGACUGCUGUUGUUUCUUCAUUUUAUAAAGAGGGAGACCAGUUGCCAGGCACCAUGGCACACGCCUUUAAUCCCAGGUAUUCUGGAGGCUGAGGCAGGAGGAUGGAGAGCUCCAAGCCAGCCUGGGCAAUUUAGCAAGAAUUAUCUUAGGAACAAAGGAAAGGGGCUGGUGGUGCAGCUCAGUGGUAGAGUGCUUUCCUGGCAUAUUCGAGACCUUGGGUUCCAGCCCUGGUACCGCAGAACUAAAAAGGAAACCAGUUGCAUAAGCCAGGCGAAUGGUGUGACUGCCUAUCGCAGGAACUUCCUCCCCUCUUCCCAGCUGUCACUGAUAGGCAGAGCAAAGGCCCAGCCUGGCCCCUGGCUUUGAGAGCCCGAGGUUGCCAGCCGCCUGCCUCGUGGCUGCCCGGGCCAGCGUUGUUGGAAUUCAUCCCUCGUGCAUAUCCUGUUGUGUUUGAGUCACCACCAGUUUAGCCCAGAAAUAGACGGUAGAAUGCAAGUGCCCUCCCUGCAGCGACUGGAUGGCCACCAAGGGGGACCUGAGCCAGGCCUCAGCCUGCUCCUCCCAUGGGCACCUGCCCUUUCCAGAAAAGCCCAAAGACGACCCCUCUUCCACUCGUGACCUAUGACUGCGCCUCGCUCCCCGGCUUCCUGUCCAGCCACUCCCUCCACCCCCAGGGCUGUGGCACCUCGAAAAAGCACAGAUCCAUGGAGGGGAGUCAGGUCGGCUGGAGGUGGUUUUCUGUGUGUCAUCUCCAGAUUGCUGUGUCCGGGGACCUGGAAGUGGCCUUGGGAGCCGGGUCCUAGUCCUGGCGGAGGAGACUGUGCUUUUCGGGUUGAUCCGCUCAUGAUCUUGUUAAACUAACAGCUCCGGGGUAGACAGGAUGCUUGCUGAACUCAGCCAUACACAUAACAGUUCUGGUGCAGACUGGCGCACUGACAGGGCCCUUGGGACCAAGAGAGCUGCAGGAAAGGCCCUCAAGGCCCCAGGACACAGGGGCAUUGACAGCACUGUUGCCCUCUGCUCUUUGGGCCUCAGUCAUUUCUGCAGUGUAGCUUCCUCCUUUCUGUUUGCACUGUUCAUUUAUAUGGUAAUGUUAGCUAAUUCCACUGUGUAUAUAAAUUGUAUUUUUUUUAAUUUGUAAAAUUCUAUUUUUAUUUGAACUUUUGGAACGUGGACAUUCUCAUGGUGACACGUCAGAAUAAAAUGUCUGCAUGUCUCCUUUAA